UCGUGCGGAGCUGCGCAGACCGAUGGGCGUUCAUGCUCAAAGUACCGCGAGAGCAUGUUUUACAGCAAUGCCUUUGAAUCGUUAUUGCGAUACGUCGAUGUCAUAUGUGUCAUGUACCGCAUCACCGCAUGAUGUUUAGCACACUGAAUGACACGAUUCCAGUCCGUUCAGACUCUGCUUUUCCGCAAUAUUUGCAUGAAAAGAAUUUGGAGUUUCCCUAAUUUACAUAGAGAGCGUUUCCGUGUCGGAACGAAAGCAGGUGUGCUGUUCACAGUUUACAGAUAGCCUACUGUACAGUUUGAACUCACAUACAGACACAAUGGAGUCUUUUCCAGACGGCUGUCCACAUCUUAGUAUCCCUGUAGAAACUGAUGAGUCUAUGACCUUGUCCUCUCUGAAUCUUGCAUGGCCGGCAUGCCAGCAUUGCCAGUCACACAACCUGGACCCUAUAGAAACAGGCAAAGAGGAUAGGUUUAGUCCUAUACUGUCUAUCAAUGACAUAAGCAGUCUGGAUUACCCAGAUGGAUACUCUGGGCUUCCCCGAGACGAUUUAAGGGUCACUCGAACUGAGCGUCCUGUCAUCAAACUGUCCCUAAUUGAUUCAGAAGACACAGACAGCCCUGCAGGCCUGCCCAGUCUAUAUCUGCCUCAAAGUGCAAGAAGAGGCCCUCAAAAAGUCCGCAUAGAAGACGUGAGUGAAGAUUUCUCAGGACUUGAUCUUCAAAAUUUGCCUGUCUCAUAUUCACAUCGCCGAAACCCUGUGAGUGAGAAUGAAGAAAGUCUGGAAAAGCCGUGUCCUCUUCGCUCUGACCUUGGGGAGAAUUUAUGUAGACAUUCUCAGGCAAAACAGCAGAGAUGCUAUGGUCAGUAUCCACCAGAUGCUUUAAAUGGCUUCCAGUAUAAGCACGAGCAGCCUGCAGAUUAUUCACGGGCCAACUGUCCAGUGUACCAUCAGUUCCCACCUCGGCAUGCAAAGAAUCACCCUCAGAACAGGUGUUUACCUAGACACGUGACCCCCCUGAGGCCACCUCAGGUUACGCCCCGUCAGAGCACGGCACCUGUUAGAGAGCUUAUAUCGGAGGUGUGCAUCAACCCAUCCCAACCAGGUUCCGUUGGCCAACCCCAAGCAUUGACACGCACCAUCAGUCUGCCUGAUGACUGCAGGAAUGUUUUCAUAACAUACUCAGUGGAUAUUGCUGCGGAGUUGAUGCCCUUUGUGAGUUUUUUGAUAAAUCAAGGAUUCAGACCAGCGAUCGAUAUAUUUGAAGACAGAGUGAGACAAAUGGACAUCAAUAAAUGGAUGGACAGCUUUUUAAAAAAUAAGUCGGUGUUAAUCAUCAUAGUGAUCAGUCCAAAGUAUAAAGUAGAUGUUGAAGGAGAUGGAUCUGAUCAACACGGAUUACACACUAAAUACAUACACACUCAGAUCCAAAAUGAAUUUAUUCAGCAAAGAUGUCUCAACUUCAGACUGGUGCCAGUGCUUUUUCCCAGUGCUAACCAGAGUCAUGUUCCACUGUGGCUGCUGAGCACUCGGCGGUACAGGUGGCCUGAAGAUGCUGAGGACCUGAUACUUCGUUUACUCAGGGAAGAGAAAUACAUCAUCCCUCCUUUGGGCAAAGAGGUUACACUUACCAUCAAACCUCUAUAAACCACUCUAUGCAUUCACACCAAAUGUAAAUAUUCACUAAGAUUUUGAAUAAAUCAUAAUGGAUUGCUGUGGAGCAAUUUACAAGUUACUCCUUUAUAUGGUUGCUUUUCCUUAUUUUUUUUGUACUACAGGUAGCCUUUUUAAGUGUGAUCUGUAACCCAAUAGUCCAAGUGAAAUGGCUAGAGUUAGGUAUUUUUGAAAGGGAUUAGGUUAUAAGUGGAGUACUGUAUACAUUUACAUGUAGUCAUUUAGCAGACGCUUUUAUCCAAAGCGACUUACAGAGAGUGUAUAUUCUCUACUCAUUACAAUCACAGAAAUGACAUUGAUUUUUCAAAACUUGCAGUAAACACAAACCAUGGAUUAAAUAAUGCAGUUUUAUUGUUAAGCAAAUACCUUUCUUUUUUAAUGUAUUUCUAUGGCAUUCUACUUUAUUUGCUGUAGUUGUGGUCUUAGACCGGUUGGGUUUAAAAUUUAAUUUACACACAUCAUUUAAAACGUGUCUGUGCAAACUACAUGAAUUUGCUUAAAUGAGUGAAUGAAAAACGAAAAUAAAUAGGCCUACAUAACCAUUUGAAUUGUAUAGCAUUCAAUUAUGUCUUCUUGUUUGUGUGUGCAUGGGGUGAGGGGGAUUUAACCUGGACUCAAGAUUUUGCAAUACUUAUUCAUAAACCCAGAACUGAACACGAUGGAGACAUUUCACAACAUUUAGCGAGAGCUUAAAAGUAUAGGAGCAUCUUUGUGUAAUUUUAUUAUAUGUAUAAUUGGCUGUUUUGUGAUUUUGUAUUACAGCAUGUUGUUGCUCUCAUGAGAUGAACUGCUUAUGUUAUGUAAACUGCUUAUGUUAUGUAAAUAAAACAACUUUUAACCAAAUACACAACAUUAA